AGUGGUGGUUCCUCAGCAGCCGCUGGUGAUAGCGGAAGUGGUGCAGUGACUGGCAACCAGGUCAGUGCUUCUGGUGACGCUCCUUGCACUCAUGGCUGUCAGAAUUCUGAAUGUGAUUACUGCAAUUUUGGCUGUAUUCGUUUAUUGCGACGCUCACGCUCAUUUCCCAAUUUAUCGUGCUUCGUCAGCCUCAUUCGAGCACCAUCUUUCGAUUGGGAGGACGAUUCUCUACUGGAAGGUGGUUCGUCACUGUGGACAAGCACAGAUUCGGGAUGUUCAUCGGACGGUGAUACUGGCGACUCAUUGCAACAGAGUGGCGUUGUCGAGAAGCAAAAACUGUUGGAAAGAGCUAUCGAUUUCGAGGAUUGCAUUCGUUUUGUUGCAGCGCAAUCCUGAGUGA